AUGUAUCAGCCAUGCGUGGACGAUCAGUGUGUUACGAACAGAUGCAAAAUAUUACAGGUCUUUGACGAUAUUAUAUUCGCGUUUUUUACGAUAGAAUUGACAAUUAAAAUGGUUGCAAUGGGUGUUUAUGGUCACGGUACCUACCUUGCUGACUCUUGGAAUCGACUAGAUUUUUUCAUUGUGAUGGCAGGAGCUGUAGAAUAUACGCUAAACGUGGAAAAUAUCAAUUUUUCGGCAAUAAGGACAAUUCGAGUAUUACGACCUCUUAGAGCCAUCAACCGGAUACCGAGUAUGCGAAUACUCGUGAUGUUACUUUUAGAUACAUUGCCUAUGCUUGGUAAUGUCUUGCUACUUUGUUUCUUUGUCUUCUUUAUUUUCGGAAUAGUCGGAGUUCAAUUAUGGGCAGGAAUUCUAAGACAACGCUGCGAAUUAGUCUUACCCCCGAACGUUAUACGACCAAACAUUUCGUUUCACUACGAGUUCUCCAAAGAACUGGAUUACAUUUGCACGACACCUGAAGACAGUGGGAUGCACCAGUGUGGCAACUUUCCUCCCUAUCGCUAUGGACCUCUUGUGUGCAAUGAGACGGCGAAACCAUUUUCUUACAAUAAACCUACAAACACAUCGUGUGUAAACUGGAAUCAAUACUAUACGAAUUGCACCGAAAGGGGAUCUAAUCCAUUUCAAGGCACGAUUUCCUUUGAUAAUAUUGGCUUGGCUUGGGUGGCCAUUUUUCUGGUUAUAUCGCUGGAAGGAUGGACAGAUAUAAUGUAUUAUGUACAAGAUGCUCAUAGUUUCUGGGAUUGGAUUUACUUCGUGCUUUUGAUUGUGAUCGGGUCCUUUUUUAUGAUUAACUUAUGUUUGGUCGUCAUAGCAACGCAAUUUAGUGAAACGAAAAAACGUGAAAUGGAACGUAUGCGUGCUGAAAGGGCUCGGUUUACAUCCUCUUCGACAUUAGCUUCAUCCACGAACAACAGCGAACCCGCGACAUGCUAUGCUGAAAUAGUAAAGUAUGUCGCUCAUUUAUGGAGAAGAUUUAAAAGAAGAAUGGCAAAAAAAAUUAGGGUUUAUCGAUACCAAAAAGCUCAAUUACGUUGGCGUCAAAGCCGGGAAACUCUACAACUGCCCGCAAAUAAACCUAAACAUCACCCCUGCUGUCCACGUGUACAUCCACAGGGGAAUGGAGGCAAAGCGGGAGUCGACGAGGUGGGCGAUGAGCCACUCAGCAGACCAAGCCUGUUGCGCGUACCCUCACUCUCAGCCGCCGAUCUUGAGAAUGCAUCUAAUCUUUCCCUGUUGUCACCACCAUCUUUAGCUAGACGACGUUCGUCAGUAAUGUUCAGUGAUACAGUUCUGUUACAUACUCCCACUAAUCCAACGGCCCAUCCACACAAUGUAUGCUCUUCAGAAAAAAUGACACAAACAGAUUCAUUGUGUCAACGCGACUGGCUUAAAAGUCAAAGUGAGUUCGACCUGCCUGCAAGUGAUACAGCCGACGAUCGUGCAGCUGCAGGUGGCACGAUGUCCUGUCAAGAACUUUUGGCAUUAUCUGGUGCACUAUCGGCAGCUUUACCAACAGGACAAGUGGCUUUAGACUCGUUUUUCGAAGAAUUAACUAAAGGAAUUAGCAAAAGAGCUGGCGAAGAGAAGACGGACACCAAGGUUGUGGAAAUUGAAGACUUUUCUUGUUGUGCUGAUUUAAUAGCCGCAGAUGCAGCAAAAAAGAAGACAAAGAGGGGACGCUUUUGUAAUGCAUUUUUAAUAAUCUGGAAACGUGUAUCAAGAGUUUUGUCUCUGCUAAGGAAACAAAUUAAAGCUGUCGUCAGUCACAAAUACUUUCAACAAGGCAUACUUCUGGCAAUACUCAUCAAUACACUAUCAAUGGGCAUUGAAUAUCACAAUCAACCAGAAGAACUUACAGUAAUUGUUGAAAUUAGUAAUGUCGUUUUCUCUGCGAUUUUCGGCAUUGAAAUGGUGUUAAAGAUAAUUUCGGAAGGACCUUUUAAAUAUAUUGCUAAUGGCUUCAAUGUAUUUGAUGGUAUCAUUGUUAUUUUAAGUGCAUUUGAACUAGCACAAAGCUUUGGAAACGAAAAGGACAUGGCAGGAAGUUCGGGUCUUUCGGUUUUGCGCACAUUUCGACUUCUGCGCAUUUUAAAACUUGUAAGAUUUAUGCCAAAUCUACGACGUCAACUUUUCGUGAUGUUAAGAACAAUGGAUAAUGUUGCGGUUUUCUUCUCCUUACUUGUUUUAUUUAUAUUCAUAUUCAGCAUCCUCGGUAUGAACCUCUUCGGGUGCAAAUUCUGCGAGAAAGAUGAAGAGGGUGAACAAGAGUGCGACAGAAAAAACUUUGAUACGCUCUUGUGGGCCUUUGUCACAGUGUUUCAGAUAUUAUUUGAUCGGAAUGAUUUUAUAAUAAAUGAAUUCUGUAUUCUUGGCAUGUAUCUAUUCGGUGGUAAGUUUUGCAAGUACAUCGAAGACAAUGGCACCGAGCGUGAUUGCACUUGCCCCGAGAUCGUAUCGCAUCAUCCCAAGUGUGAAUGCGACAGAAAACAUUUCAAUAACAUCCUUUGGGCCACAGUCACUGUAUUCCAGGUUUUAACACAAGAAGAUUGGAAUGUUGUAUUAUUCAACGGAAUGGAAAAGACAAGUCACUGGGCAGCGCUAUAUUUUGUAGCAUUAAUGACAUUUGGCAAUUAUGUUCUAUUUAACCUACUUGUAGCCAUUUUAGUGGAAGGUUUUAGUUCCGAACGCAACGAAAGAAGGGAGCGGGAACAACGAGAGUUAGCGAAGUCAAAAUUGUCUAGCGAAUGUUUUUCAGAACACAAUGAAAUACAAUACGAUGAAUCUAAUUCAGGGUCCAAUUCUAGCGACAGUUUUUCCCAGAAUGAAAUCAAGAACUAUUGGCGUUCUGCUGAUGACGUAAGGAAAGCAAAAGAUGACGUAAACGGUCACAAAGACAAAGCAACUAAGUCACGACGUAAAACAAGGUCUUCAACUCAUCACCCUACAUUAUGCAAGGAUUGUGCACAAUCUAAUAAAUGUAACUUACAGAAGGAAUCUAAAAUGUUAGCUAACAAUACGGCUACUACAGAAAACAUUACAAUAGUACCGAUGAUAACUCAUACUGCAGCUACACCUCAAGAUUCGCCAUCGACUACCUUGGAACCUGGCGCAUCUUUCAGAGACUUUAAUAUGUCACUGAGUCUUGAAAAGUCUUCAAUGCUAUCGAGUUUAGAUUCAAUUGAUCGGACUUCUUGCACAAGUAUUCCAGGUUUACUAAAGCCACCAAACAGUUAUACGUUAACCUUGCAUUCUGCUGCUGCUCAAUUAGGCGCUGAGAAAGCUCGCUUACCUCCAAUGACCCUAGCACCGCCUCCUUUAACGUUGGCUCCACCUCCAACAAGGGUAACAUCACCAGCUUCUGCAUUACCGACUACACCAAGGUCAUUGCCGUCUCCCAUGCUCCCUGAAAAAAAUCUUCAGGUCACAAUUGCGAAGGAAGACAAUUGUCUCAACAUCAGCGAUAAAUCAAGUCUGCUGAGCUCACAAAGAAGUCUUGCUAUAGCUAGUCCUGCCGUUAAUGGGGAAGAUAAAUGUAGAGUUCAAAGAGGAUACAGUUGGCGACUAUCGCGACCCAGUCUCCGACGCAAAAAGCAAAGGACAGGCUCUGAUUCUGACGCUGUGAUACUCAAUAACGGUCGUGAUCAUGCGUCUUGUAAUGGUUCAAAUGUACGCAAAAACGAACUUCUUCUGUCAUCCUCAAUGGUAAUCAAAAACGAUACGCAAUCAGAGUUGCCCAAUAAUCGUGCAAAGUCUCAAUUGCCAGCUCCUAGAGUACUUGCUCAACCAGCUAGAAGAGUAUCAGCUCAUACAACACCUUUACUUCCAGAUGUGUCAUGGAAAGCACCCGAAGCUGAAUUUUCAUCUGAAUCAACUGUAAGACUUGAGACAGUGAAGCCCCCACCUCAUAGACUUUCUCUCACUAACGACUGUUUAACAGUAACAACAGUUGCAGAAGUGAAAGCAAGUAACUUGACGCCACCAUCUAGCCAACUAUCGCAAAUACCAAUAAGACCUCCUCGGAAAGAAACAGCUUCUUUACCGACUAAACCCAACAAUCAAUCUCUGACACUCAUUAAACAGAUCAAUGAAGAGGUUGCCAUUAAUAACAAUGUCUGCAUAUUUUCAUUUCGAUUUAAUAGACAUCAAUACCGAUUCAAAGAUCUUUUUCGGUUUAUGGAGCCUACUGGAUGUCUCAAGGAAAAAGAGGAUUAUUCUCUUUAUAUAUUUGCUCCCGAUAACAAUAUCAGAAGAUUCUGCACAUGGAUAGUAACAAGAAGCUGGUUUGAUAAUAUUGUCCUUCUGUUCAUUGCACUUAAUUGCAUUACGCUUGCAAUGGAACGACCAAAUAUACCACCUGAUUCAAAAGAAAGAGCUUUUCUCUCGAGUGCUAACUACGUCUUUACUGGUGUUUUCGCUAUUGAAAUGCUCGUAAAGGUCGUGGCAUCUGGAAUGUUCUAUGGGCCCGAAGCGUACUUUACUUCCGGAUGGAAUAUCAUGGACGGCUCUCUUGUUAUUAUAUCUAUAAUUGAUUUAUUGAUGUCGUUAGUGUCUGAAUCUAGUCCUCGAAUUUUCGGCAUCCUGAGGGUUUUCCGGUUGUUAAGAUCAUUGAGACCAUUAAGAGUAAUAAAUAGAGCACCAGGACUAAAAUUAGUCGUUCAAACGCUAUUGUCUUCUUUAAGACCAAUUGGAAAUAUCGUACUCAUUUGCUGUACAUUUUUCAUCAUAUUUGGAAUAUUGGGAGUACAGUUGUUUAAGGGAGCUUUUUAUUAUUGCGAAGGAGCUAAUAUCAAAAAUGUUAAAAAUAAGACAGAUUGCUUGGCUAUUGAAGGAAAUGUGUGGGUCAAUAGAAAAUACAAUUUCGAUGAUUUGGGAAAAGCUUUAAUGUCACUUUUUGUGUUGAGCUCAAGAGAUGGCUGGGUUAAUAUAAUGUACACUGGACUAGAUGCUGUUGGAGUUGAUCAACAGCCGAUAGUGAAUUAUUCAGAGUGGCGCUUACUUUAUUUCAUAGCAUUUAUACUGCUCGUGGGUUUCUUUGUACUAAACAUGUUCGUGGGCGUAGUAGUUGAAAAUUUUCACAGAUGUCGCGAAGAGCAAGAAAAAGAAGAAAGAGUUAGAAGGGCGGCUAAACGGGCACUGCAAAUGGAGAAAAAGCGACGUAAAAUGCAUCAGAGACCUUAUUAUUCGGAUUAUGGUCAUAAUCGACUCUUUGUUCAUAACGUUGUAACAUCAAAAUAUUUCGAUUUAGCGAUUGCAGGUGUUAUUGGGUUAAACGUAGUUACAAUGGCCAUUGAAUAUUAUAGAAUGCCCCCGGCUUUGGAAUAUGCACUAAAAAUUUUUAAUUACUUUUUUACUGCCGUUUUUAUACUUGAGGCGGUAAUGAAGCUAGUUGCACUGGGGAUAAAAAUUUAUCUAAAAGACAAAUGGAAUCAACUUGAUGUCAUAAUAGUAAUUUUAUCCAUUGUUGGUAUAGUCUUAGAAGAACUCGAAACGAAUAUUAUACCAAUAAAUCCUACUAUAAUGAGGGUUAUGAGAGUAUUACGAAUUGCAAGAGUAUUAAAAUUGCUGAAAAUGGCAAAAGGUAUUAGAGCGUUAUUAGAUACAGUUAUGCAGGCUUUACCGCAAGUUGGAAACUUGGGGCUUCUUUUUUUUCUGUUAUUUUUUAUAUUUGCCGCAUUGGGUGUUGAACUAUUUGGGCGUCUAGAAUGUUCUGAUGACAUUCCAUGUCAAGGGCUUGGAGAACAUGCCCAUUUUGCCAACUUUGGAAUGGCGUUUUUAACGCUCUUUAGGGUGGCAACUGGGGAUAACUGGAAUGGUAUUAUGAAAGAUACACUCAGAGAAGAUUGUGAUAGUUCUGUAGAUUGUGUACGCAAUUGUUGUGUUUCAACUAUUAUAGCCCCAAUAUUUUUUGUUGUGUUUGUUCUAAUGGCUCAAUUCGUGCUCGUGAACGUGGUCGUUGCGGUGCUCAUGAAACACCUUGAAGAAUCACAUAAACAAAUGGAAGAUGAAAUAGAUAUGGAUGUCGAACUUGAAAGAGAACUUGAACGGGAAGCUGAUGAUGAAGAAGAUCGAGCCCUGUGCCGAGCAUUAGAGCAAUGUACUUCCCCGCUAAACCCUUUAAAUAAAGUACCAUCAUUACCUGCGAAUUUCACAUACAGUGAACCUAAACAACAACCGACACCAUCUCCCGUACGACGUCGUCGCACGUUGCACUCACAUCAUGCCUUAUUGCCAUCGCCGUUGCCAUUACCUCAAAGAAGAGCAUCAUUGUCUCCCCAUGCAUUUGGACGACGUCGCCAAGAGUCUACGUCUGAUACCCGGGCUGCUUUAUAUGAAGAGGAUGCUCGUUUUAUUGAUGCUGAUGACAUCGAAGAAUUGGAACCUGGAAGUCCACCUAGAAGAGAUUCAUUUGCAAAUAAUAGGCGACAACGAAUUGACAAAAGAAAUUCUUUACGUGGUGAGGAAGCAAGGUUAUUAAAACCUACACCUGUUUUACUAGCUGUUCCUUCAACGCGGCAAAGUGUAAGGCUUACCGGGUCAAAAAAGAGACCUUCAGUUGAAUCUGCUGCAAGUUACAUUAGUCGAGGUUCAUUACGGUCCCACUUUACACCAGAACCAGUCGAGCAACAAAUAAGCGAAGAAGAAAGUAUAAGGAUUGUUAUCGCAGAACGGCGAAAAAUAGACACAGCAAGACCAGAUGUAAAUGAUACAGUUGAAUUAACAGAAUGCGGGUCCUAG